AUGCUUUCCAGCAGCUGCGCCUCGCCGAGGGCGUUCCAGAGGAUUCCGGCGAAGGCGGCCGCUGGAGAGCCGAGGCGGCCGGAGGUGCCCAGCGAACGGAUCGUCCCGAACGGCCGCCGGCUGAACAUCACGGACCAGCACUUCGACCAGUUCCUGGACCACCUCCGGGAGUCCGCGGUGCACCUCUCCGUGGCCGAGGACAGCGCCGACGAGCUGUGCGGGCGCCUGGCGGCGCUGCGCCUAGACAGCCGCCCGGCUUCGCCAACGAGGAAGGAGCGGCGCCCGGGCAAGGCGCGCCUGGCGCGGUCGAGCGGGUGCUGGCAGAGCACGGUCCACCGGCUCGAGACGGAAGAGUCAGGAGCGUUCUGGGAGACCCUGCUGGCUGCCUUCGAGAGCGAGAACGUUCCAGGGCCGGCGAUGGACGCGCUCGCUUCCGCGAAGGAACAGAUCAAGUCCUUCGGCACCCUGGGACGGACGGACCGCGUGGAGCACAUCUUCAGUGAUUUCGAGUUCGGCCUGAUCAUGAGGCACUUCAACAGGGUCUCGUACCAGGAGGGUUUCAACAUAGAGCAGACCCUCACGGUCGCGGCCACCAUCUUGGAGAACCGCGAGCGCGUGUUGUUGAACAAGCGGCUGUGGAGCCUCAAGCAGGACUGCGUGAGCCAGGCAGACGCAGAGCAGGUGGCGGGCCGGCUGCGGGGCCUCCUCGCGCCCGAGGCACCGGCGGCCGCAGUGGCUGGCGCCCG